CAUGGUCUCCGCAUCUCCUGCCCAGAUAGCCCCAGACAGCAGAGUUUGUGGUUGCAGGAGGCCGUUGUGUUUGAGGACGUGGCUGUGUACUUCACGAGAAUAGAGUGGAGUUGCCUGGCCCCCGACCAGCGGGCACUGUACAGGGACGUGAUGCUGGAGAACUACGGGCACGUGGCCUCACUGGGCUUUCUCGUUGCCAAACCAGCGCUGAUCUCCCUCUUGGAACAAGGGGAGGAACCAGGGGCUUUGAUUCUGCAGGUGGCUGAGGAGCAAGGGACUGUGGCCAACCUGUGCCCAGAUUCUAGGAUGGAGGCUGGGGUCAAGGAGUCUUCUCCGGGGAGAGUGUCCUCUAAGCAGUUAGGACUGUUGGGCACAGUUUGGGGGCGCCUCCCCGAGGAGAGGAAUGGCCGUCCUAAAGAUGGGUCAGAUAAACGACAGCUCGACCCCCAGGCAGGCGGCCUUGGUGGGGAACUUAGCACAUCCCCGGGGACCCUGGAGGAAAAACAGCCAGGCUUGGGCCCUGCAGAGGCUGCUGGGGAGAGAGUGUACAGGUGUGCUUGCGGCAAGGCGUUCAAGUACAACUCGCUGCUGCUCAGGCACCAGGUCAUCCACACGGGGGCCAAGCCCUACCAGUGCACCGAGUGUGGCAAGGCCUUCAAGCAGAGCUCCAUCCUCCUGAGACACCAGCUCAUCCACACUGAGGAGAAGCCCUACCAGUGCAGCGAGUGCGGGAAGGCCUUCCGGCAGAGCACUCAGCUGACCGCACACCACAGGGUCCACACGCGGGAGAAGCCCUACGAGUGCGGCGAGUGCGGGAAGGCCUUUGGCCGCAGCUCCCGGCUCCGGCAGCACCAGAAGUUCCACACGGGAGAAAAGCCGUACGAGUGCGGCGAGUGCGGGAAGGCCUUCUGCCGCAGGUUCACCCUCAACGAGCACGGCCGCAUCCACAGCGGGGAGCGGCCGUACACGUGCCUGCAGUGCGGGCAGCGCUUCAUCCGCGGGUCGUCGCUCCUCAAACACCACCGGCUGCACGCCGGGGACGGCCCCCGAGACGACGGCGGCCGCCAGAACCCCCAGCCCGGCGCCGCACAGAAGACCGCCUCGGGCGACAGGCCGCUCGAGUGCCCCGUGUGCCAGAAGCCCUUCAAGCACAACUCCUUGCUCCUCCUGCACCAGAGGCUGCACACGGGCGAGAAGCCAUUCGAGUGCAGGGAAUGCGGCAAAGCCUUCAGCCGGAAGUCCAACCUCACUCUGCACCAGAAGACCCACACCAAGCAGAAGCCCUUUGCCUGCACGGAGUGUGGCAAGGCUUUCCGCAGGAGCUACACGCUGAAUGAGCACUACCGGCUCCACAGCGCCGAGAGGCCCUACCGGUGCCGGGCCUGUGGCGGGGCCUGCAGCCGGCCGUCAGCCCCCAUCCAACACCAGAAAGCCCACGGGCCCGCGUGUUCCCGGGAGGGUGGGGAGGACAGACGGGUGCCCCACUGGGCUCCCCGUUGAGUUGAUGAAAGGCGGAGAACUCAUCCAGGAGGGGGCCCCAAGGCAGAAGGCUGUCGGUCCUCCCCGCUUGGCUGUGAGAAGGGUCAGGGCCAGGGCUGUGGUCGAGCAGCCCGAGGGAAGGGCAGUGAGGAAGGCUGAGCCAGAGCGGGUCCCCCCACAACGGCUGAGCCCAGAUGCCCGCGGGAGAGCGGCGUUUCUCAACCGUCCAAGUCUGCGCCUGGAGGCACACGCGGGCUCCAACUCGAGUGGGGGUUGGGGGUGGGUUUCGUUUUCUCUUUCCACUCCUCGGGUUUCCAAAUAUUGACUUGUGAUGGGGGGAGGGGAGCGGAAUCUGUUGGCUUUUUUUUUUUUUUUGGAUGUUCAUUUGUUACUAGAAUUGACCAAGAUCAGACUGUUGGCAGGGGACCCAGCCACCUAGUGGGGCAGAGGACUAGAAUCCACACAGCACCUGCCACGGAGAUGUUGGGAACUCUCAGGUAGACCCAGGGUUUGUUGACAAGCCACGGCAAAGCUGGAGGGGUAGUGGUGGCUGAAGCAGGACUCGGGAGUGGGGUCUGCAGGCUCCCAGGCAGUGCCUUGGGAGCCCCAGCCAGGCUAAGUGUGAUCCCUCAGCAGGCCUGUCGGCAGAAGGUAUUCACUGGGGAGAAGCUUCCCUGGGUGGCCGCUGGUGAGAGGGGCCAUCUCUUAGUGACCCUUCUUCUUCAUCAGCCCCCCGACCCCAGGAGCCCCGAGAACACUGAGGGGCUUCUACAGCAUCUUACAAAAGGUGUGCCAGAAAGGAACCCACCAGCCCCAAGCAGAACUACCAGUGAAUGUGUAUUUUUUAAUCAUUUUUCCCCCAAAUAUAAAUUUAUUUUAGGACAUUUGGGAAAUGCAAGAACUUAGAAAUGUAAAAAACUGCCCUUUGGUCUCACUCUUCAGGGAUCACUACAGCGAUGUUUGGUGUGUUUUCUUAGCCUCUUUUUAAAAAUUUUAAUGCUUAUUUAUUUAUUUUGAGACAGAGAGAACAUGAGUUGGGGAGGCACAGAGAGAGGGGAGAGAGAAUCCCAAGCAGUUUCUGCGCUCUCAGCAGAGCUCGAUCUCAUGAAUCACAAGACAUGACCAAAACCGAGAUCAAGAGUUGGACAGUUAACUGACUGAGCCACCCAGGCACCCCCUUAGCCUCUUAAAAAAAAUUUUUUUUAAUGUUUAUUUAUUGUCGGGAGACACAGGGAGACACAGAAUCUAACCCAGGCUGCAGGCUCUUGCUGUCAGCACAGAACCCCGACGUGGGGCUCGAACCCACGAGACUAUGACCUGAACCAAAGUCGGAUGCUUAACCAAGUGAGUCACGCAGGUGCCUCCCCACCCACUGACUCUAAUGCACAUGUAUGGUAUUUGUUUUACAAAUCGGGGUUUACUUUGCUUAGAACCGUGUCCCUGCUGACUGGUUUAGGUAGCAGCUUCCUUACUGUCACACAUCUGUCCUUUCCUCACACCUUCACUGUAUUUGUUGGCCCCGUAGCAGACCUGUGCACAUUUGCUUGUGGCUGAGGUGGACUUUCCCCAUCAGGGUUACAGAUGUGGAGGGACUGUUUUUAACCAUUUGAUUAAUCAUGAAAAAUGCCAGUCUUGUUUUCAUUUAUAUUUCUUGGCCUUUUCGUGAGUAAAUUCCCUGUAAGCUCUUGUACCUAUUUUUAUUAGGUUUUUAAGCCUCUGUGUUGAGCUCCAAUCCCUUUCCCUUAAUACCUGUUUCUUCAACUGUGAUACAAACCACAGGUCUUUUGGUGGUGGGUGAGCAUGGGAGAGAUGGGACAGAAACUGCGUCAUACACUUGAGGAAGUGAUAUAUUACAAAUAUUUUUUCCCAGUUCCUUAUUUGCUAUUAAUUAUGAGGUUUUUAAUAAGAAAAUACAUGUUCCCUAUGGGCAAAACUGUCUUGUUGUGAUUAGGAAGGCCUUGUCCACCCCAGGAUUUUAUAAAACACUUUCUUUACUUUGGUUAAGUUACAGAAAUACUACAUAUUUGCAGUAAAACAAUAACGAAAUCUCAAUACAAAAAUAGGAAAUAUUUCCCUCUUCCCUUGUCCCACAUUCCCACCUUACUCCCCAGACAUACACCUGUUAAGUCUGGGUAGUUCAUUCCAGACUUUUUUCUCUACAUUUCAAAUAUUCAGCGUAUGUGUGCCUGUGUUUUUACAAACAGGAUUACUCUAGUGUUUGAAAGGACUUUAAGUGUGUCAAGUCACCGGGCUAAACUGCCCCCAGAAUUCCUUUUCAGCUGAAUUCCUGAGUGGCAGGCUAUGCAGGAGGAAGGAAAUGGCGGUCAUUUGUAGCUCACACACCUACCUAAUACUUAGACACUAACCCAAAGGCUGUUGUGAUUUUGCAGAUGUGAUUAAAGCACCUAAUCAACUGAUUUUAAGUAUCCUGGUAGGUCUGGAGUAAUCAGUUAGAAGGCCUUUAAAAGCUUAGGUUGGGGCGCCUGGGUGGCUCAGCUAGUUGAGCGUCCAACUCUUGAUUUCAACUCAGGUCAUGAUCUUGGUUUGUGGGAUUGAGCCCUGAGUCAGGCUCCAAGCUGCCCUUGCCCACCUCUCUCUCUCUCUCUCAUUCCUCUCAAAAUAAAUAAAUUAGCUAACUAAAUAAGCAAGCAAACAAGCUUAGGUUUCCCCAUGCCUCCAGCCUGUGGAAAAGCAUCAGCUGGUGAUCUUGUCAGCAAAUCCUCGAAGUAUUUGCAAAAUGUGGUUUUCUCACUAAGUAAACUAAGAAUAUACUUGAAGAGGUGCCCUUUUUCAAAGCACAAAGCCAGUUUUCAGCCCUGACUUUUUUCCAAAAUUUUAAAAAAACUGUGGUAAAAUAUACACAGUGUUUGCCAUCUUAACCAUUUUUAAGUAUACAGUUUGGUGGUAUUAAGUGUAUUCAUACGGUGGACCCAUCACAACCAUCCAUCUUGAGAACCCUUUUCAUUUUGUAAAACUGAAACCAUCCCCAUUAAACAAGUCCCCAUUCCCUUCUCCCAGAUCCUGGUAACUGCCAUUCUACUUCAUGUCCCUAUGAUUUCUGACUACUCUAGGAACCUCAUCUUAGUGGAGUAAAAUAGUAUUUGUCCUUUUGUGCCUGCUGAUUUCACAGAGUAUAAUGUCCUCUGAAUUUAUCAAUGUUGUAGCAUGUGAUACAAUGUCUUUCCUUUUAAAAGGUUGAGUAAUAUUUACUAUUGUAUGGUUGGACAUUUUCCUUAUCCACUCAUCUGUCAUGGAGACUUGCAUUGCUUCCACCUUUUGGCGACUGUAACUAAGAUUGCUGUGAACAUGGGUGUACAAACAUCUCUUCCAGACCCUGCUUUCAAUUCCUUUGUGUAUUCACCCAGAAGUGAAUUGCUAGGUCAUAAAGUAAUGGUGUUUAAUUUUUU